CUGGAGCUCCGCGCGCGGUCGACUGCGACCGCGCGCCGCGACCCCCGGCGCCCCCGCCCCGGAGCGCGGCCCGCCCCGCCCCUGCCCCCACGUGACUUCCUGAAAGGCCCUCGGGGCCCGCCCCUCCCGCCGCUCACUUUCGUUUCCUAGGCUGUGUGUGGCGGCCGCGCGGCGUUCGCGCCCGAAGUGCCAGCGCGUCUCGUCCGGUCCCCAGGAGCGCCAUGGCGGAGCUGGUCCCCCUGGCCGAGGAGCUGUCGUGCUCCAUCUGCCUGGAGCACUUCAAGGUGCCGGUCACCACCCCGUGCGGCCACAACUUCUGCAGCUCGUGCCUGGACGAGACGUGGGCCGUCCAGGAGCCGCCGUACCUGUGCCCGCAGUGUCGCGCCGGCUAUCAGGAGCGGCCGCAGCUGCACAAGAACACGGUGCUGUGCGCGGUGGUGGAGCAGUUCCUGCAGGCCGAGGUGGCCCGGGCGGCGCCCUCGCCCCCCGACGGCUGCACGCCGCCCGCCCGCGCCGCCGAGCCCAGCCCGCCCUGCCAGGUGGCCUGCGACCACUGCCUGAAGGCGCCCGCCGUCAAGACGUGCCUGGUGUGCAUGGCCUCCUUCUGCCAGGAACACCUGCAGCCGCACCUCGACAGCCCCGCCUUUCGGGACCACCAGCUGCAGCCGCCAGUCAAGGACCUGAUGCGCCGCAAGUGUCCCCAGCACAACAGGCUGCGGGACUUCUACUGCCCCCAGCAUGAUGAGUGCAUCUGUCACAUCUGCCUGGUGGAGCACAAGGCCUGCUCCCCUGAGACCCUGAGCCAGGCCAGCGCAGACCUGCAGACCAAGCUGAAGCAUAAACUGACCAUCAUAUGCGAUCAGAUCAAUGGUGCAUCGAGGGCGCUGGAGGACGUGAGAGCCAGGCAGCAGGACAUACGGGAGACUGCCCGCAGGAAGACAGAGCAGCUCAGACAAGAGUAUGUGGAAAUCAAGAUACUCAUUGAUGCCGCAGAGGCCAUCUGCACACGAAAGAUAAAGGAGGAGCAGAAGAGGGUCAAUACCAAGUUCGACAACAUUUACCAGAUCCUCUUCAAGAACAAGAGUGAGAUCCAGACUCUGAAGGAGGAGAUUGAACUUGCCCUGACCAAGGAGGACGAGUUCGAGUUUCUGGAGAAAGCGAUCAAACUUCAGGGAAUCUCGACAAAGCCGGUCUUCGUCCCCAAGAUGGAGCUGAAUCAGGAGCUGAUAAAGGGUGUCUGCCAGGGCACCUCAGACCUCAAAAACGAGCUGAAGCGGUAUAUCAGGCUGCCCCAGGACAAGAAGCCCGAGGGACCCACCGGCUUAGGGAACUCUGGAGAGCAUGGCCCAGCAUCCACGCACAAACCCGCACACUUUGUGAAGAAGGUCCUGAAAGAAGAAAAGAAACACAAGAAACCUCCCUUUGCCUCUGCCUCACCCGUCCAUAUGCCCACCUUUGGAGCCCCAGAACAGUUACUGGGUUUAAAGCAAGCAGGCCUGGAAGCUGUAGCCAAAGCCUCCGCUGUGCAGCCGAACCCGGUGUCCCUCACGACCAAGGUGCUGGACACCUUCUUAGCCAAGUCCAGGCCCGAGCUCCUAGAGUAUGCCACUAAGUUCAGCCUGGACUACAACACCGCCCACAACAAGGUGGCUCUGUUGGAGAACUACACUGUAGCUUCCGUGGCCGACUUGCCCCUGAGCUACCAGCCACACCCCAAGAGGUUCACAUACUGCUCUCAGGUGCUGGGCCUGCACUACUACAGGAAGGGGAUCCACUACUGGGAGGUGGAGCUGCAGAAGAACAACUUCUGCGGGGUGGGCAUCUGCUACGGCAGCAUGCCGCGGCAGGGCCCCGACAGCCGGCUGGGCCGCAACAGCGCCUCCUGGUGCGUGGAGUGGUUCAAUACCAAGGUCUCUGCCUGGCACAACAAUGUGGAGAAGACGCUGCCCUCCACCAAGGCCACGCGGGUCGGCGUGCUUCUCAACUGUGACCAUGGCUUCGUCAUCUUCUUUGCCGUCACCGACAACGUCCACCUGAUGUAUAAGUUCAAGGUGGACUUCACCGAAGCUGUGUACCCGGCCUUCUGGGUGUUCUCUGCGGGUGCCACGCUCUCCAUCUGCUCCUGCGAGUAGGCCGGCCACGGACACUGACCUCUGGGUGCCCAAGACAGUGGUGGAAGGCCUGCAGGUGGAACUGUCCCAGAGCUUCCUGCGACUCUUCAGGGUUGAGAGUAUGGGA